AUGAAUAAAAUAAUUGGUUUAACAAGAAAUUUUUCAAGUUCUACUACUUUAAAUUCAAUUAAAUCGGUAACUGUUGUUGGGGGAGGGCUUAUGGGCUCUGGUAUCGCGCAGAUUGCAGCUCAAGCUGGUCAAAAUGUAACUAUAGUGGAUUUAAAACCUGAGUUACUUGAAAAUGCCCAAAAAUCUAUUCAAAAUAAUCUUGUAAGAGUUGGUAAAAAAUUAUAUAAAGAUGAUAAAGGAAAAGUUGAAGGUUUUGUUAAGGAAUCAUUAGACAGAAUCAAGGUUUCAACUAAUAUUGAAGAUGGAGUGAAUGUUGAUUUGGUUGUGGAAGCCAUUGUGGAAAAGCUGGAUGUUAAACAGGCAUUAUUUAAUAAACUCGAUGAGCUUUGCCCUGAACAUACAAUUUUAGCAAGCAAUACUUCGUCUAUUUCUAUCAAUGAAAUUGGUGCGGGAAUUAAAAGAAAGGAUAGAUUUGGUGGACUCCAUUUCUUUAAUCCUGUACCAGUAAUGCGACUUUUGGAAGUAAUCAAAGGAGAUCACAUAUCUGAAGAAACAUACAACACUAUGAUGGAGUGGGGCAAGUCCGUCGGCAAGACUUGUAUAACUUGCAAGGACACUCCCGGCUUUGUUGUUAACAGGUUACUUGGGCCUUAUAGUGCUGAAGCUUUGAGGAUGUAUGAGAGAGGUGAUGCAACCAAAGAAGAUAUAGAUAUAGGUAUGAAGUUAGGCGCAGGUUAUCCCAUGGGACCAUUUGAACUGGCCGAUUAUACCGGCUUAGAUACAAAUAAGUUCGUCUUACAAGUUAUGUAUGAAAAAACCAAAGACCCAGUGUUUAGACCCAUUCCAUUGUUGGACAAAAUGGUGGAAGAUGGAAAGCUCGGUGAUGCAUCCCCUCGUGAUAUAGACAUAGCUAUGAAAUUAGGUGCAGGUUAUCCCAUGGGCCCUCUAGAGUUGGCAGAUUUUACCGGACUAGAUAACAAAAAGGCGAUUUUAGCGGUCAUGUUGGAGAAAACUGGCAACACUGUGUUUAGACCUGUGGCCGUUUUGGAUGAGUUAGUUGCUGAAGGAAAAUUUGGUAGGAAGAGUGGAGAAGGCAUAUACAAAUAUGAA